AUGGUCAUUGCAAAUGCCGAGGUAACCCUCGAGAUAGACUUUGACGUUGCCACGUUUCGCGUUCAUGUACCCAGCAUCAAUGUCAUCACUUCCUCCGAAGUUCGGGUUCACGGUUACGGCGGCCCGGCCGGCCAAGGAUUCCUCAACGGGGUCUUCUACCUGAAGGCAGGCUUAACGGCAGACCAGUUCAUUUCAAAGGCGAACGGCGCCGAGCUUUCAGUUAUCGGCGUCGAUGAGGAAGGUCAAGGAGCGUUCAAGGAGGCGACUAUCGUCUUCUUCGAGACUACACCCACAGUUAUUGAGAAUCCAAAACUCAGCACAUUUCUCGGCAAGUUUGUCGCAACCCACUCCGAUACGCCCGUAGGAUCUUUCAAGGGUCUAACCAACUGGGUUGAAUGGGAAGGAACUGUGCAUACACAAUAUGCAGCAUCGUAUUCUCCAGGCGAACAUGAAUACUUGGUCAAACUUCAGAAAGGAAACACUGGAGGGAUAGUGACCCCAAUUCCAUCCGCGACGUACACCAUCGAGAAGGAUAACUCGUCUCACUCCAUUUUCAUCCAAUCUUCCGAGCGCGCUGAUGGCACGCCUGAGCCUGUCGAUGGUCCUCGCAAGAAGAUACCGUCACAGGACGAGGCUGAAGUGCAAGGGCUCAUCGAUGAGCUAAAGGCCAUUCUCGGUAAAAUUCCUGGACUUGACCAGAUGCAUCUCACGAGCAAGGAUAUCUAUGGUACCGAUAUGAGCGUCACGUUUGAUAGCGACAAGUUUAAGUGGUCUAACGUCGCGUCUGGUGGAUGGCCCAACGAGAGUGAGAUAACCCCGACGGAGGAGGACAAGAAGCAGUUUGAGUACGUAGCGGGUAUUGUUAAGGGGAUCUUCGACAAGUGGUAUUAACGGCCAAAGUCAACAUACCGCACAUUCAGUAUAUUUGGAUAAUUACAUUGUAUAUGAC